GUCUUCUGCGUUACAAGGAUAUGAUUCUUUAACCAUUCCGAAAAAGAGAAAAGAUGUAAUUAAUGUGUGGAUUACUGAGCGUAUACGCUUAGUAAUCCACAAAUAUAUUUGUUCAUGAAGAAUUCUCUCCAGUUCAAACAAAGCAUCAAUGCAUACCAGGGUUUACCUGCUAUACCUAGGUCGGUUCAACGUGCUCUAUGCAUUCGAGAAAAUGGAACUUUGUACCAAUCCUAGUUUAGUCAUCCCAUAUGGAUCUCAUUCUUCAGGACAGUGUGGUUAUUGUAAAAAUAGUUCCGACGACAAAAAGACUAAUUGGGGUAUGAUGGCUGAACGACUUACUGUUUCAGAUUAUCAAUAUAUGAUCGAUCGAGGAUGGCGUCGAUCAGGUACUUACUGUUAUAAACCUUUAAAUGAUAUUACUUGUUGUCCAUCAUAUACUAUUCGAUGUGAUGCAUUACAUUUCCGUUUAAAAAGAUCACAUAAAAGAGUGUUGAAAAAUAUGUACAAUUUUUUAAAAUUUGGACAGUUACCUCAUGAAAAACUGUCUAAUCAAAAAGAGGAUCUUAAUAAUCUUAGAACGGAUGAUCAUCGUAUGUUUGUUCCUGAGGAAAAAACGAUGCCUGUUUUAUCACUUGAAAAUGUUACCACAGUUCAACAAAAUGAACAGAAAACUAAAAGCCAAACAAAUAUAUCUCAAACAGAUUGUUUCAGUGAUAAAAUAACGUCAUCAACAGAAAACGCCACUAGUACAUCACAUUAUACAUUUAAUACAUCAAAUGAUAAUAGUAAUAAUAAUAAUAAUGUGGAAUUUCAAAGUAUUUCAUCAGGUGAUAAAAUUCAAAGUUCAUCAUCUCAUGGCAGUCACAAAAUGAAAGCACAUCUUCGUCGUUGGAUAGCUAAACAAGAACAUUUACGUCAUAGAAGCUUAAAAGAAAAUCGUUCAUUUGAAAUUUUACUUCAGGAGUACUAUGAAAGACGUCAGAAACGUUUAGAUAAAAAUAAACCAAAGCAAGUCGAAGAUUUUCUACAAUCUGAACCAAACAAAGGAGAAGGAAAGCACUUUAUCGAAAUUCGUUUAAUACGUACAUCUACACCAACAGAUAUCAAUUAUGAAUCUCGUAUAAAAUUAUCCCAUAAAAUUUAUGAACAAUAUCAAAUUCAUAUACAUAAAGAUGAAAAAGAAGAUUGUACCUGGGAGAAAUUUCAUCGUUUCUUAGUUAAAUCUCCAUUAGUAUUGGAUGAUUUUGAAUGGAAUUCAACUUCACCAAUGUUUGGCUCUUAUCAUCAACAAUAUUGGCUUGAUGGUGAAAAAUUAAUUGCUGUCGGUGUUAUCGAUCUACUUCCACGAUGUCUUUCAUCUGUUUAUGUUUUCUAUGAUCCGAACUAUUCAUUUCUUCAUCUUGGUACAUAUACUGCUUUACGUGAAAUUGCAUUUGUUCGUUAUUUAUCUAAUACUUAUGGUAUCAAUUCAAUUCAAUCUGAUUUAUUAUAUAAAAAUUUUAAUUCAUAUUAUAUGGGUUAUUAUAUUCAUUCAUGUUGUAAAAUGUCAUAUAAAUCACAAUAUGGUCCUGCAUAUUUAGCAUGUUCUGAAACUUAUCAUUGGAUACCAAUUAAUGAUUGUAUACAAUUAUUAAAUCAAUUAAAAUCACAUCAUCAUUAUAUAAGAUUUUCAUCUAUAUCUUCAAUUGAUGAAAAUUCCAUUCCAGUUACUAUGGAUAUAGAUACAUUAGAUUCACAUAUUUAUUUUUAUAUAAAAUACAAUAACCAUACAUCAUCAUCGUCAUCAUCGUCGUUGUCGUCGUCGAAGACAAUCAAUCGUAAAGAAGAUUUUCUUAAUCAUACACCAAUAUCUCUUUAUAAUUUACGUUCAUAUUUAAAUAAACAAGUUAUUCCUAUAUUUCGUGAAUGGGCUAAAUUAUUAGGUAAACGUGUAUUAUCUGGACAUUUUCAAAUUAUUAUACAUUCAAAUUAAUAAUAAUAAUAAUAAUAAUAAUAAUACGAUGAUGAUGGUGAUCAUGGUUACCAUGGUGAUAACAAUGAAUAUGGAGAAUAAAUAGACAAUAAUACUUGGUAAGGAUUAUGCUUGAUAAUUAUUUAUUAUUGUUAUUUAAUGAAUAUUUUUUUAUUACUAAACUGACAUUAUUUCACCACACACCCACCCAACCAACCUCGCCCCACCCUACCCCCCUAAGGAAAAAUAACUAUCAUCUUCAUUAAUAACAAAAAAAAAAUCCAGGCAUUUUUGGCAAUAUAAACUGUUAUUGUGUUUUAUUUUACAACGACAUUUAUUAUUUUCUUUGUAAAACUAAUUCAUAUAUAUACCGGUCUAUAUCAAUAGUAGUUAAUGAAUUAUUUACAAAAAGUGUAAGUGAUAAUGUAAAGUUGUAUACUACUGAUAUCAAUAGAUAUAAGUAGUAGGUAGAAGGUUAACAGUGGGAUGAGAACAGAGAAUGAUUGAUAAUGAUAAUGAUAAAUGAAUAAUCAAGUUUGAAACGAUUGAUUGACAUUUUACAAAUGAUGUAUUUAUUGUAUGAUUCUUAGAUUCUGUAUUUAUAUAUUCAAAUACAUUUGGUUAUUCC